CGGCCGGACGGACCACGGACGGGCGGACGGACGGACGGGUGACAAGGAGGCUUUGAUUUGCUCUUCAGCAUAAUGUACAGGACAAAAGUGAGUCUGAAAGAUCGGCAGCAGCUGUACAAGCUGAUCAUCAGCCAGCUGCUCUACGAUGGCUACAUCAACAUUGCCAACGGCCUCAUUAAUGAGAUCAAGCCCCAGUCGGUGUGCGCGCCCUCCGAGCAGCUCCUUCACCUCAUCAAACUAGGAAUCGAAAAUGAUGAUAGUGCCGUUCAGUAUGCGAUCGGACGUUCAGAUACGGUUGCUCCCGGCACAGGGAUUGACUUGGAAUUUGAUGCAGAUGUCCAGACCAUGUCUCCAGAGGCUUCAGAAUACGAAACCUGCUAUGUGACAUCUCAUAAAGGACCCUGCCGGGUAGCUACAUACAGUAGAGAUGGACAGUUAAUAGCUACCGGGUCAGCUGAUGCUUCAAUAAAGAUACUUGAUACAGAGCGGAUGUUAGCAAAAAGUGCCAUGCCUAUUGAGGUCAUGAUGAAUGAAACCGCACAGCAGAACAUGGAAAAUCAUCCUGUUAUUCGAACUCUCUACGAUCAUGUGGACGAAGUUACGUGCCUAGCUUUUCACCCAACUGAGCAGAUCCUAGCCUCUGGUUCAAGAGACUAUACUCUUAAAUUGUUUGAUUAUUCCAAGCCAUCUGCCAAAAGGGCCUUCAAGUAUAUUCAGGAAGCUGAAAUGUUACGCUCCAUCUCUUUCCAUCCUUCCGGAGACUACAUACUUGUUGGCACGCAGCACCCUACCCUGCGGCUUUAUGAUAUCAACACGUUCCAGUGUUUCGUGUCCUGCAAUCCUCAAGAUCAGCACACCGAUGCCAUCUGUUCGGUUAACUACAACCCGAGCGCCAAUAUGUACGUGACCGGGAGCAAAGAUGGCUGCAUCAAGCUCUGGGACGGGGUCUCCAACCGAUGCAUCACUACCUUCGAAAAAGCCCACGACGGGGCAGAAGUCUGCUCGGCCAUUUUUUCCAAAAAUUCGAAGUACAUCCUGUCGAGCGGGAAAGACUCGGUAGCGAAGCUCUGGGAGAUAUCAACAGGAAGAACGCUGGUCAGAUAUACAGGUGCCGGUUUGAGUGGACGACAGGUCCAUCGGACUCAAGCUGUCUUCAACCACACGGAAGACUACGUGUUACUCCCUGAUGAAAGGACAAUCAGUCUUUGCUGCUGGGAUUCACGAACAGCAGAACGGAGAAAUCUGCUCUCCCUGGGGCACAAUAACAUUGUCCGCUGUAUAGUUCAUUCUCCCACUAAUCCCGGCUUCAUGACUUGCAGUGACGACUUCAGAGCUCGGUUUUGGUACCGGAGAUCGACCACAGAUUAGAGACAUUUUCACCAAAUGAUCAUUUUCUCUAGCACCCUUUAAAAGUAGUUAUUUUUUCCCCCCAUCACCAGUUUAGUAGAAUGCCUUUUUAAAAUGUACCUAAAUUCACCGUACCAUCUUGUGGCAAUGUGAUGCUGAUAAUCGACCCAUCCGAAAUUUUUACAAAAGCCUUUUUUUAACCUUGAUGCAGAAUCAUGGUGGAAAAAGUUGGAAAUGCAGAUAUGUGCAGGUUUCCCUCAUUCACUGAUUAUUACAGUGUGCUCAUCAUCGGUUUUGUAAGUACAGCACUUAACAAUUUCUCGCACAGUAGAGUUAAUCCUUGCUCUAAGGAUGGAUUUUUGAAAGUGUUCACUCGAAUAAUUCUUGAGUCAAUCUAGACAAGUCUCAUGAAUUGUAAUUUGAUUUUUUUUAUUAUCAUCUUAUGCAUUGUAUUGCUACUACCCUACCUGAGGAUUUUACUAACUCAACAAAAAUUUGCGGGGAGCCAAGUGGUUCCAUGUUGAAAAGUCCAAUUUUGUGCCAUGAUGAUAUUGGAACUACUUUCAAUUGAGAGCCCCCAAAAUUUUAAACUCUGAUGAUAAAGCACCAAUCUUCAGUGUCGUAUUUAAUUUUGACUUUUUUGAUUCAGCUAAUCAAUCCUGAGUUUUUUUCCUUAAGACGUAAAGAAGGAGAUGUACAUUCAUAGCACUCCUGCAGCUCUUUCCUUUGCAGCUCACUUUUCAGCUGUCUCGACAGAUUGAGAUGUUGGGACAGAGCAUAAUUUGAGAGGCCAUCAUGACACACAGGUCUGGAUUGGUAGGCAUUAACUAUCAUGUGUCAUUAACCUACAAGAAUGACUUGUACCUCUUAACCUUUCCUCCCUAUAAUUUUUUUAAUGUCUUUCCCUUCAGCGUGAGUGUUAAACUCCUCAUUGAUCCAGGAAAUAGUUGCCCAGACCUCAUCCUCCCCUUGAGAAGAAAACUCUGGGGAGGCAUGGUAGGAGGCAUGGUGCAACCGAUGAGUUGACAGGCCCUUCCUUGAAACUUUGAGGUAAAACAAUUCCUGGUAACUGCUUUUUUUUCCAGCUGGAUAAAAUAAAAGCUCUAAAACAUUGCUGCCACCGUAUACCUCCAAAAUGCAGAAAACAAAAAUAAAAAACCCAAACCUAAUAACUCUCUUCCAAACACAAACCUGAGUAAACACGUUCUAUAAUAAUUGCUCUUUGGAAACCUGCCCCGUUACUGAUCUUUCAGCCUAAAUGUUAAAUAGAUGGUGAACCUAUUUCCUCGGCUGGCGGAAACUAUUUUGAGAUGUAACUGCGUAAGCUGGCAAUGAAGUCCUUUUUUGGAGUCCUUUCAGUUUUGACCAUUGUGGUCUGGGUGUUUUGUCCAUUUCUAAAAGACUGAUGCUGCACCGGGGAGGAAUUAUCCCAUCCACUUUCAGUAUAAAUAUUUGUCAUGUAAGAGUUACUGUCUGAUCACAGGACUACAUGCAGAAGCUCUUUCUUUUUAAUGUAACUAACACCUAUGUGGUUUGAGUGAUAGUACAAUGACAAAGACUUUGAGUACCUGGAAAAAUUAUCUGCAAUCUAUUUGUUCUGGUUGUAUUGGGUGACUCGGUGUCUUUUGUUUUAAUCUUGAGCAUGCCUAGAAGACCUGUGUGUGAUCAGUGGAUGCUAAAUUGGGAAGAAUUGAAGUGGAAACAAGAGAAGCAGAGCUACUGGAUGGCAAUGUGCAAAGAAGCAGGGGUCAGAAUGCUGAUUCUGGCUCUUCCCUGUUCCGCGGGGUAACCUUUGGAAAGACAUUAAAUCAGCUGUUUAACCCUGUAACUUUAAAACAUCUGCACUUGAUGGAACUUUGAAUUGGCUGUAUGUGUCCGUGAAUUAAAAUAAUGUGGCAAAAAUUCUCUGGUUGCUGAAGCUACCCUUCAAGUGGUAUAUUGUUUCAGAAAACUUCAGUUCCUAAAGUACCUUCGCAUAUAUCCAAAGGGACCCUUUUUUGAUCACACUGAUGUUCCGAAGACUUGCGUGUGCCUGAAAUACACUGUGAACAAAGUAAUCUAUCUGCAUUGUCUGUAUCACCUAAAACCGUGGCUGUCAUAUGCUGAAUAUCAAUAUCUGAUUUCUACCAUAAAUUUUCUAGACUAUGAAAUCUCCAAAAUUAAAAACUAUAUUUGUGUAUGA